AGGAGAGGAGAGCAAAAUAGUUGUUUUCUAUCUCCGUGUGGCUCACACUGAGAGUUGUCUCACCACAAGAGAGGGAAUAUUUUAUUUAUUUUUCUUCUCUUCAUGUUAUCACCACUGAUCAUACGGAAUAAAAACCUUGUUAAACUGGGGUUUUCCUCAAUCUGAACUCAACAGUAAAACAGAUUUAAUCUCAGACUGAUUCUUCUUGAGGGACUAGUUUUAUUAGGAUCCUACUAGUUGUUAUAAUACCAGUCUGUCUCUGAGAUGGAGUCCAGAACUCUUCUACUUGUUCUGGGUCUUCAUUUCACUCUUCUGGGGAACCUAGAGGCCAUAGAUUGCGGCCCGGGCUUCAUAGCCAAAGGGAGACAAUGUGAUGAUAUAGAUGAGUGUAAAGAGGUGGACAGUACCCCACCCUGUGGAGGUAAUGCCACAUGUUACAACACACAGGGAAGCGUCUACUGUCAGUGUCAACCUGGGUUCAGAUCCACAACAACUGUCAACUUUACUGCUCUCACUGGAGCAUUGUGUAUCGAUCUCAAUGAGUGCCAGAAGACACCACAGGUUUGUGGCAGCAACGCCACUUGCCUCAACAACGUCGGGAGCUACAACUGCCAGUGUCAACCUGGGUUCAGAUCCACAACGACUGUCAACUCCACUGCUCUCACUGGGGAGUGUAAGGACAUGGAUGAGUGUAAGGACCAGACUGCUGAUUGCCCCUACAACUCAUCCUGUGUGAACACCCCAGGGUCCUACACCUGCAUCUGCCAGUCUGGGUACACACUAACAGAGAGCAGGUGUGAGGACCUUAAUGAGUGCCAAGAUACACCUCAGGUUUGUGGCAGCAACGCCAGUUGCCUCAACACCAUUGGGAGCUUCCACUGCCAGUGUCAACCUGGAUUCAGAUUCUCUCAUCACACUGUGAUGGACUGAUGGAAAUUCCAAUAUCAAGAUUUUACCAAUGAUUUUGUAACGUCUGCUCCUGCUCCCCCUCUCUGACGCUCGAGGUUGCCAGGCGGCUCAUCAUUACUCACACCUCUCACCAUCGUUACGCGCCCCCGUGAUUCAUCGGACUCACCUGGACUCCGUCACGUCAUUGAUUAUCUAUCCUAUAUCUGUCACCCCCUCCCAGUUCAUUUUCCACGUCUGCAUUGAUGACUUGCUGAGGCAUUUAACAGUUAGUGACACUGUAGUAAUAUACAGUAUAAAGAUACCUGGAUCAGGCAGUUUUUUAAUAUAUUUUUAUUGAACAUUUACAUUUAAGUCAUUUAGCAGACGCUCUUAUCCAGAGCGACUUACAAAUUGGUGCAUUCACCAAUGCCUUUAUUUAACUGGACAAGUCAGUUAAUUAAAAACAAAAUGUUAUUUAUCAUGAUGCCCUAGGAACAGUGGGUUAACUGCCUUGUUCAGAGGCAGAACAACAUUUUCUUCCAGCUCCGGGGAUUCGAUCUAGCAACCAUUCGGUUUUUGGCACAAUGCUCUAACCACCAGGCUACUGCCGCCCCAUAGGAUACCUAUCUCCCUGCUGUUAACCUCUCUUGGGUAGGGGGCAGUAUUUUCACCUCCGGAUGAAAAGCGUGCCCAAAGUAAAUUGCCUGUUACUCAGGCCCAGAAUUUCGGAUAUGCAUAUAAUUAGUAGAUUCGGAUAGAAAACACUCUAAAGUUUCCAAAACUGUUAAAAAAAAUAUGCCUAUGAGUAUAACAGAACUGAUAUGGCAGGUUAAAACCUGAGACAAAUCCAUCCAGGAAGUGGAAUUGUUUUCAUGUGGCUGUUUUUCAACUCAAUACCAAUAGAGAAUCCAAUGGGUUAGGAAUCAUAUUGCAGUUCCUAUGGCUUCCACUAGAUGUCAACAGUCUUUAGACAUGGUUUCAGGCUUUUAUUUUGAAAAAAAAAGCUAUUUUGGUCAGAGGACAGAGGAAGUUUGCAGACCUGAUUUGGCGCACUCUUUGUUAUUUUUCCUUUCUAUUGAAAACGGUAUUGUCCGGUUUAAAUAUUAUUGAUUAUAAAUACAAUUAACAACCUGAGGAUUAAUUAUAAGUGCAACUGGGAGUCUGUGAGUGCAACCAUAUGAAGAUCAUCAAAGGUAAGUGAUUCAUUUUAUCGCUAUUUCUGACUUUAGUGACUCCUCGACUUGGCUGGUAAAUGAUUGUAUGCUUUUUUUACACGGGGCGCUGUCCUCAGUUAAUCUCAUGGUAUGCUUUCACCGUAAAGCCUUUUUGAAAUUUGACACAGCGGCUGGAUUAACAAAAAGUUCAUCUUUAAGGGAGAUCCCUCAUUAUUUGUUUGUACAAAUGUUGCACAAAGGGAAAUUGUCCUGUUAAUCCAACCACGGUGUCAGAUUUAUAAAAUGCUUUUCGCCAAAAGCAUACCUAGCCCAGAACAUACCUAGCCCAGAUCAUAGCCCAGUUGACAAAUUAUUCCAAACAGUAACCAGCCAAGCAGAAGCGUUACAAAACUCAGAAAUAGAGAUAAAAUUAAUCCCUUACCUUUGAUGAUCUUCAUAUGGUGGCAAUCAGAACAUUCAUUUACUCAAUAAAUAUUCAUUUUGUUCAAUAAAGUCUCCUUACAUCCAAAAACCUCAGUUUUGUUAGCACGUUUUCUUCAGUAAUCCACAGGCUCAAACGCAGUCAAAACAGGCAGACAAAGAAAUCUAAAUUAUAUCCGUAAAGUACAUAGAAACAUGUCAAACUAUGUUUAUAUUCAAUCCUCAGGUUGUUUUUGGCCUAAAUGAUCUAUAAUAUUUCAACCGGACAAUAACAUUGUCAAUAUAAAAGGUAAACAAGAAAUGCACUCUCUCGGGAUUGCGCAUGAAAAAGCUCUGCGACACGGUAGGGUCCACUCAUUCAGACUGGUGUUACUCCCUCAUUUAUAAGAAUACAAUCCUGAAACGAUUUCUAAAGACUGUUGACAUCUAGUGGAAGGCAGAGGAUCUGCAAAUUGAGUCCUAAAUCAAUGGAUACUGUAAUGGCAUUGAAUAGAAAACUACAAAAUCCCCCACCCCAAAUACUUCCUGAAUGGAUUUUUCUCAGGUUUUCGCCUGUUAAAUCAGUUUUGUUUUACUCACAGACACGAUUUAACAGUUUUGGAAACUUUGGAGUGUUUCUAUCCAAAUCUACCAAAUCUACCAGUUAUAUGCAUAUCAUAUCUUCUGGACGAGUAGCAGGCUGUUUAAUUAUGGGCAUGCUUUUCAUCCAAUAUUCUGAAUGCUGCCACCCUAGAGAGGUUAACUUCUUGCGUCGAGCCAUCCCGGAUCCGGGAUCGUGACUACAGCCUCAAGCCCAUUACCACAACGCAACGUUAACUAUUCAUGAAAAUCGCAAAUGAAAUGAAAUCAAUAUGCUAGCUCUCAAGCUUAGCCUUUUGUUAACAACACUGUCAUCUCAGAUUUUCAAAAUAUGCUUCUCAACCAUAGCAAAACAAGCAUUUGUGUAACAGUAUUGAUAGUUAGCGUAGCAUUUAGCGUAGCAUUUAGCGUUAGCAUUCAGCAGGCAACAUUUUCACAAAAACCAGAAAAGCAUUCAAAUAAAAUCUUUUACCUUUGAAGAACUUCGGAUGUUUUCAAUGAGGAGACUCUCAGUUAGAUAGCAAAUGUUCAGUUUUUCCUGAAAGGUUAUUUGUUUAGGACAAAUCGCUCCGUUUUCUGCGUCACGUUUAGCUACGAAAAAAACCUGUAUCCAGGAUUGUGUAAAUCUAUUCGCAAGCUCAUUAGCAUAACACAACGUUAACUAUUCAUGAAAAUCGCAAAUGAAAUGAAAUCAAUAUGCUAGCUCUCAAGCAUAGUCUUUUGUUAACAACACUGACAUCUCAGAUUUUCAAAAUAUGCUUCUCAACCAUAUCAAAACAAGCAUUUGUGUAACAGUAUUGAUAGCCUAGCAUAGGAUUAUGCCUGGCAUUCAGCAUGCAACAUUUUCAAAAGCAUUCAAAUAAAAUCAUUUACCUUUGAAGAA